AGGAGGAGAGAGAGAGAGAGAGAGCGGCGCUUCCGGGCCCGGGCCUCAGGCCGACGACUGCCGUCGGGGCCUUGCCACCGCCCGCGGCGCACUCUUCCCCCUGAAAAGCCGCCCGUCUGGGACAGCGGCACAACAUGGGUGGGUUUUUCUCUACCAUCUUUUCCAGCUUGUUUGGAACCCGGGAGAUGCGAAUUUUAAUUCUGGGAUUAGAUGGGGCAGGAAAAACUACAAUUUUGUACAGGUUACAGGUUGGAGAAGUUGUCACCACCAUUCCCACCAUUGGUUUCAAUGUCGAGACAGUAACAUAUAAGAACCUUAAAUUUCAAGUCUGGGACUUGGGAGGACAAACAAGUAUCAGGCCAUACUGGCGUUGUUAUUAUUCAAAUACAGAUGCAGUCAUUUAUGUAGUAGACAGCUGUGACCGAGACAGGAUUGGCAUUUCCAAAUCAGAAUUAGUUGCCAUGUUGGAGGAGGAGGAGCUGAGGAAAGCCAUUUUAGUGGUUUUUGCUAACAAACAGGAUAUGGAACAGGCCAUGACUCCCACAGAGAUGGCAAAUUCACUUGGGCUACCAGCAAUGAAGGACCGGAAAUGGCAAAUUUUCAAAACAUCAGCAACCAAAGGCACUGGGCUUGAUGAAGCAAUGGAAUGGCUAGUGGAAACCUUAAAGAGCAGACAGUAAUGCAACAACUCCUCCUUUGAAGCAGUCAAGUGAGAUACACACUACUAGAUGCUAUCACACAUAACUGGCGUAUAAUGGGACUGAUCGUAAGCAUAUUUAGUUGGAGGAUGGAUACCUAUUGAUCCAACUGAAUAUCUACUCUGUAUUAUAUAAAAUAUAUUCCUUUCUAGCUUUCUGUGUUAAGAUACAGUCUCUUCAUUUUUAUGGAAUUCUUAAUUGAGAUAAGACCUUUGGGAGAAUGCGCGCUUGGUGGAAUAAACUUGGUUUUGAAUUCAGUGGCCACAACGAGUUUCUGUAAACACUAAUAAAUAUCUUAAUGAUCACUUUA